AGUGAUGUAGUGAAUUGGAAAGCUCCUGGUUCACAGAAUCAUAGAAUUGUAGAGUUAGAAGGGACCUUGGGAAUCAUCCAGUCCAACUCCCUGCAAUGCAGGAAUAUACAGGUGUACCAUAUAGGGAUCGAACCUGCAACCUCAGCGUUAUGAGCACUAUCCCCUUGCUCACUCUAACCACCUGAGCUAUCCAGUCUUUGCCCCAGCCCUGGUUGUCCAUUACUGAGUCAGCCCCAAUCCCCUCCCUUGUAUGUAAUGCUGUAUCACAACAUGUAGUUCUUCUGACCAAUCACAAAAAGGAUAGGAUUUACAAAUGGAUUUCCCCUGAACCAAUAACAUCUGCUCUAUAAACUGGUGCUUUUUCUUCUUCUCAGAUUUUAACCACUGCUGAGCAUACACACACCUGACUCUGCAGGUCCUACCUUACUAACAUCAGCACUAUUAAUGCAAUAUAUCUGUCAAGCUUUAUUAAAAUUCUUUGUGAUGUGCAUCUUGGCUCGUAAACCUCAAUACUGUAUUGAUACUGCCUAAGGGAACGUCCUUGUACAACUGAGCCUCUGCAGAUGGAAUGACAGAAGAACAAUGUUCAAAACAUUCCUCCAAGAUCAGCUUAUGGUAGUGAGCUCUGCCUUCUCCUCUGACAACAUCUCCUUUUAACACAAGCUUUGCAUUGCCACAAUAACGCUAUUGUUCAAUUGCUGACUGAUACUGCACACUGGCACACCGAGGAAUAAACAGCUUUUCAGAUAAAUAAUACAAUUUUUCAAAUAAAAGCAAAUAGUGCCUGUCAAUAUCGUUUCAUAGCUUUUCUCUUUCUUUCUCAUUCUCUAUGAACGCACCUGUGUGCAAACUGUUGUCACUCUAAUCUGCCUGAAACCAAUGAACACACCAUGGAAUGCCACCAAGAUUAGAGCUUUUGACAGCUGCUUAAUGCAGGAAUUGGUAUUGCUUUGGCUAUAUGGGUUUUUUUACACACACACCGGUCCCAGUAAUAAAACACAUAUAAAGGGCAGGCUUCAAUGUUUAACAAUAUGGGAUACAAUUUCUUUAUUCCCUACUGUUCCACCAUGAGACGUGGGUGGUGCUGUGGUCGAAACCACUGAACCUCUUGGGCUUGCCAAUCAGAAGGUCGGCGGUUCAAAUCCUCGCGAUGGGGUGAGCUCCCGUUGCUCGGUCCCAGCUUCUGCCACCCUAGCAGUUCAAAAGCACACCAGUGCUAGUAGAUAAAUAGGUACUGCUGUGGAGGGAAUGUAAACGCCGUUUCCGUGCGCUCUGGCUUCCAUCACAGUGUCUUGUUGCAUCAGAAGCAGUUUAGUCCUGCUGGCCACAUGACCUGGAAAGCUGUCUGUGGACAAACGCCGGCUCCCUUGGCCUGAAAAGCGAGAUGAGCGCUGCACCCCACAGUUGCCUUUGACUGGACUUAACCAUCCAGGGGUCCUUUACCUUUACUGUUCCACCAUUGUAGAACUCAUACUGAAGAGAGUAAGCCAAUCAGGGAUUAUAUCUGUUCAGUGUAGUACCAAAGUAGUAAUGCACAUGUGUCUCAAUCUUAUACGUACAUGUUAAGUAUUUAGUAUGCAAUACAUUGUGUAACCGCAGCAAAUGUGACUGCCAUGUAGAGUGUGAAGUGUUUCUGGGAUGGAAUGACAACUCACCAAGCUGGCUGAGGGUUUUGUAUACCUUUGACUCAUUUCAGUUGUGUACGUGGGCGCUCACUGCUUCAUCCCUUCCUAGUCUCUUACUCAGGUCCAUAAAUCAUCUUUGCCGCAUGGUAGCCAGUCUAAAGUUGCUCCUCUAUGGCUGGAUCCAAAGCACACUGGUAAUGUAUGGAUACUGUCCAUCAAAGUCAUAGGUUUGAUCGCAUGAGGUCCAGCUCCAAGGGUCUUCAGGCAGUUCCCUCACUGUGAGUAGUGAGGUUAUAGGGAACCAGGCAGAGGGCCUUCUUGGUAUUGGCACCCGCCCUGUGGAACGCCCACCCGUCACAUGUCAAGGAAAUAAACAACUAUCUGAAUUUUAGAAGACAUCUGAAGGCAGCCCUGUUUAGGGAAGUUUUUAAUGUUUUUAAUGUUUGAUGCUUUCUCACAUUAUUAUUAUUAUUAUUAUUAUUAUUAUUAUUAUUAUUCGGUUGGGAGCUGUCCAGAGUGGCUAGGGAAACCCAGCAGAUGGGCGGGAGAGGAGGAGGAGGAGGAAGAAGAAGAAGAAGAAGAAGAAGAAGAAGAGGAGGAGGAA